CAAAAUGAAAAUGGGUUUAAGAAGAACAUCGUUGGUUUUAUACAUUCUCUUUAUCUUUCAUCUCCAGCAAAAUUUUCCUUCUGUUAGUUCAAGGCCUUCAUCUUUCGAUGCGUACUACGAGAGUCUUCAUCUCAGAGCCACAAAACCAGAUGUUGUUGGUUUUGAAGGGAAGGGUCAAGAAUUAACUGUAGUUAUAAAAAGAGGAGGCGGUGGACUAUGGCGUGACGGCGGCGGUGGAAGCACCGGAAUAGGAGGCGGUGACGGAUGGCGUGGCGGCAGCGGUGGCAGCAGAAUAGGAGGCGGUAGACGAUUGCAUGGCUGGCUUGGCUCCAUAAUAGGAGACGGUGGAAGAUUGCGCGACUGGAUUGGCUCCGGAAUAGGAGGCGGUGGCAAUGGCGGUGGAGGUGGCGGUGGCGACGGCGGUGGCAGUGGAGGUGGCAGUGGUGACGGCGGUGGCGGUGGCGGUGGAGGUGGCAACGGAAUAGGAGGCGGUGGAGGAUCGCCUGGUGGCGGUGGCGGCAACAGUGACGGUGGCAACGGAAAAGGAGGCAGUGGAGGAUUGUCUGGCGAUGGCGGUGACGGUGGCAACGGAGGAAUCGCUGGAAGAUUGCCUGCUGGCGCCAGUAUAAUAGGAGGCGGUGGAGCAUUACCCGGCAACGGUGUCAGCAUAUUAGGCAGUGGUGGAGGAUUGUCUGGCAGCGGUGGUGGCGGCAGCGGCGGUGACAGUAGCAGUGGUGGUGGUAACAGCAACAGUGGUAACAGAAUAGGAGGCCGUGGAAAAUCGCCCGACGACGGUGGUGGUGGUGACGGCGGUGGUGGUGGCGGUGGUGGUGACGGCAGUGACGACGGCAACAAUGGAAUAGAAGGCGGUGGAGGAUCGCCUGGUGGCAAUGACGGCGAUGGCGGCAACAAUGGAAUAGGAGGCGGUGGAGGAUCGCCUAGCGACGGCAGCGGCGGUGACAAUGGAACUAGUGAUGGUGGUACUGGUGGAUCUCACCGUUCAAGCAGCAGCCGGAAUAUUCGAGGGAGAGUGUGUUCUGUCUAUUGGUUGAGUUUAUUGCUUUUAGCCGGUUUAUUAUUGGUUUAGAAGGGUUUAAAGUAUCCGUUGGCCGUUUAAAUUAAAAUCUGUGAGGUCAAUGUUUGACAUCAGGUCUGGUCUGGUCUGAGAAUGAUUGGGCCUUUGGUAAGCAGGUAAAAUGUUGAUUAAUACAUUUUACAGAU